UGCCAUCUCCGCUCGCUCUGGCCUCCGAGAGAAGGCAUAUGAGUGGCAGAAGCGGGGUCUGUGUUUGUCUUUCUGUCUCUCCCAGUCCCGGACAGAGUUACUGGACCCAAUUUCCUCCACUAUGCCUCUGAAACAGAAAAUCAGCGAUCUGCCACUUCGAUCCACUUGCCUGCCGCCUUUGACUUGGUGCGUGGGGACGAUUGGGCUUGACGGCGGCGAGGAAGAUGCAGGAGCGCUCCCUCCCUGAUCACUAGUACAACCCCCAUUUCACAGAUGCUCAACUGAGGCCACCUGGCACAUGUCGCAGCUGGUCUCGUCUCGCUCCAACAGCUUAUCACCCACUCCGAUUCAUGUUCCUUAUUGUUUUAAAGAAAACGAUUCGGCUCUCUGCCCAGGCCUUCUAACGCGAAGUGUCAAAGCCGAGGAUUUCCCACCCCCGAAACAUGGAGCCAACAGCUCCUGAAGGCGACCUGGGCCGCCUUUCCCUUCGACUCCGCUCAAGCUCCUCCCCUUCUUCGGGCAGCCACAUGAUGAUGAUCCGCCUUUCGCCCUCGCUCUCUCCUCCUUCCUCCCCUCCCCCGCAAGCGAUGGGGGCGGUUCCACAGAGCAAGGCUGGCGGCGGCUGCGAUUUCUCCGCCCACGUCCCUGUGCCCGUCCUGGAGAAAGAGGGAGCAAAACAAAAAAGGAAGCGAUCAGUCCUGCCGGCUGGGGAGUAUUUCGUUGCCCGGCAGAGAGCGCCAUCUUCUUCCCCCGGCCGAUUUCACGCAACAGUUUCUUUGUUGGGCAUCAUUUCGGAGCGGGGAUAGCAGCCAAAAAUCCCCAAGGGAGAGCUUGGAGGGAUCCGUCUCCAGGGCAUCAGCUGGGCAUCGCUUUGCUCAUUUGCUGGCUAUGGCUGGGCUCGGCUUGUUUUUACUCGUGGGCCGCCUGCUGGCGCCGGGCAGCGCCUUCAAUCUGGAGGUGGAGAGCCCAGCUGUUUACUCCGGGUCUGAGGGGAGUUACUUCGGCUUCGCGGUGGAUUUCUUCGCCCCGGACCGCUCCUCAAUGUUUCUCCUUGUUGGCGCUCCAAAGGCAAACACAACUCAGCCUGGGAUUGUGCAAGGAGGCCAGGUUCUCAAGUGUAACUGGAACGCCAGUAGAAGAAACUGCCAGCCAAUUGUAUUUGAUGCUACAGGAAACAGAAAUUUUGCACCAAAUGAUCCUUUGGAAUUUAAGUCCCAUCAAUGGUUUGGGGCAUCGGUGAGAUCUAAAGAUGACAAAAUUUUGGCAUGUGCCCCACUGUACCACUGGAGAACUGAGCAGAAAGCAGAGCGGGAACCUGUGGGGACUUGUUAUCUUCAUGACGGGUCUAAAGCUGUUGAAUAUGCUCCCUGCAGGUCAACAAGCACUGAUGCUGACGGACAGGGCUUUUGUCAAGGUGGAUUCAGCAUUGACUUUACCCAGGGAGAUCGAGUACUUCUUGGAGGACCUGGAAGUUUUUAUUGGCAAGGCCAACUCAUUUCUGAUCAAGUGGCUGAGAUUGUGUCAAAAUACAACGCUAAAGGCUACACUACCAAAUAUGACAAUCAGUUGGCAACUCGGACAGCCAGUCCUGCUUUCGAUGACAGCUACUUGGGUUAUUCAGUAGCUGUGGGAGAUUUCAGUGGUGACGGAAUAGAAGAUUUUGUCUCUGGAGUCCCAAGAGCAGCAAGGACUUUGGGCUUGGUGUCAAUUUAUAAUGGAACAACCAUGGUAUCCAUGUAUAACUUUACUGGAGAGCAGAUGGCUGCAUAUUUUGGAUAUUCUGUGGCUGCCACAGAUAUCAAUGGGGAUACUUACACAGAUUUGCUUAUAGGAGCCCCACUCUUUAUGGAUCGUGGUUCUGAUGGCAAACUUCUUGAAGUGGGCCAGGUUGCUGUUUAUCUUCAACAAGCCUCUGGAGGCUUUCAAAGUCAGGCCAUGAAGCUGAAUGGCUUUGAAGUCUUUGCAAGGUUUAGCAGUUCAAUUGCACCUUUAGGGGACCUUGACCAGGAUGGCUUCAAUGAUAUCGCAGUUGCUGCACCUUAUGGUGGAGAAGACAGGAAAGGGCUGGUUUACGUCUACAACGGGAGAACCACAGGUUUGAAUGGGGUGCCAUCUCAGGUGCUUGAAGGACAAUGGGCCUCUGAGACAAUGCCACCAAGCUUUGGAUACUCAAUGAAAGGAGCUACCGAUGUGGACAAAAAUGGCUAUCCAGACUUGAUUGUAGGUGCUUUUGGUGUUGACAAAGUUGCCUUAUACAGGGCACGGCCAGUCAUCACAGUCAAUGCUGGACUAGAAGUUUCCCCAACCAUUCUAAAUCCAGAGAACAAAACCUGUGAACUGAAUGAAAACCACCAGAAGGUUUCUUGUUUUCAAGUAAAGUUCUGCUUAAAAGCUGAUGGCAAAGGAAGUCUCCCCAGGGACCUAACUUUCCAUGUGGAGCUGCUGUUGGACAAACUUAAGCAAAAAGGUGCUAUCAGGAGAGCCCUGUUUCUCCACAACAGACAGCCUGCCCACUCUAAGAACAUGACUGUCCCCAAAGGGGGCCGAAUGAGUUGUGAAGAACUACAGGCAUUUUUAAGGGAUGAAUCUGAAUUUAGAGACAAGCUUACUCCAAUUACCAUUUUCAUGGAAUAUCAUCUGGAUUACAAAACAGCUUCAGAUUCUACUGGUUUGCAGCCCAUCCUCAACCAAUUUACUCCUGCUAACGUUAGCAGACAGGCUCAUAUUCUCCUGGACUGUGGUGAUGACAAUAUCUGCCGUCCAGAUUUGCAAGUAACAGUUGACAGUGAUCAGAAGCAGAUCUAUAUUGGGGAUGACAAUCCUUUAACCCUAGUCGUCAAUGCUCAGAACCUAGGAGAGGGAGCCUAUGAAGCUGAACUCUUUGUUACUGUCCCACCUCAAGCAGACUUCAUUGGCAUAGUUCGCAACAGUGAGGCUUUAGCAAGGCUUUCAUGUGCAUUUAAAACUGAGAAUCAAACUCAGCUGGUUGUCUGCGACCUUGGAAACCCUAUGAAAGCAGGAACAAAACUUUCAGCCGGUCUUCAUUUCAGCGUUCAUCAAGAAUUUGAGAUGGACACCUUUGUGAAGUUUGAUCUACAGAUUCGUAGCUCUAACCUGUACAACAAUCUAAGCCCAAUGACAUCUUAUCAGGUAGACCUGGCCAUCUUAGCAGCUGUUGAAAUCAGAGGGGUUUCUUCUCCUGAUCACAUCUUUCUCCCAAUUCCCAACUGGCAACCCAAGGAGAAUCCAGAAACAGAGGAUGACAUAGGGCCUCUGGUUCAACACAUCUAUGAGCUCAGAAACAAUGGCCCCAGUGCCAUCAGCAAGGUGAUGCUCAAUCUUCAGUGGCCUUAUAAGUAUAACAAUAACACCCUGUUGUAUAUUAUGAAAUAUGAAAUUGAAGGGCCCAUGAACUGCACUUCUGAUAUGGAGAUUAACCCACUAAAAAUUAAGGUGUUGACUCCUCAACAAGAUGAAAAGAAUGAAACAAUUAACGGAGGAGAUAGCCGCGAUCACAGUAUCAACCGGAGGGACCUGAGCGCAGUUGAGGGAGAUGUACAAACUCUGGGCUGUGGAACUGCAGAAUGUUUGAAGAUAUUCUGCCAAGUUGGUCGCCUAGAGAGGGGGAAGACUGCAAUUCUGUAUUUAAAAUCUCGCCUUUGGACCCAGACCUUCAUGAAUAAAGAAAAUCAGAACCACUCCUAUUCUCUCAAGUCAUCUGCUUCUUUCAGUGUUAUCGAGUUCCCUUAUAAGAACCUUUCCUUUCCUGAAGAUGUCCACAAUUCUACAAUAGUUACCACAAAUAUCCUGUGGGGUAUUCAGCCAGCGCCCAUGACAGUGCAAGUAUGGGUAAUCAUACUAGCUGUCUUAGCAGGAUUAUUACUUUUGGCACUACUAGUAUUUGUAAUGCACAGGGUGGGUUUCUUCAAGCGUGUGCGUCCACCUCAGGAAGAACAAGAAAGGGAACAGCUGCAACCCCAUGAAAAUGGAGAAGGGGCAUCAGAGGCUUAAGCAGUGUUUUAGCUGUGUCAUUUGCCAAAAGGUUCAGAAUGGUCAUUGCCUUCCUUUUUAAAAUGUGUCUUUUUCUGCCUUGAAGGACAGACUGUCUUGCACUACAAAUGUCUUUUGGCAUUGAGAAUAGUGUGAAGUUAACUGCAAAAUGAGAGCAAUAUAUGUUAGCUUCCCUCAUAUUAAUCCUGUUCACAUACGUGACUGAUACAUGUGCACUGAUGAGCGUAUUUUUGUGCCACAAUUUUGCUUAUCUCCAGAAGGCAAAAAAAAAAGUUUAUUGAUUUGUACAACUUGAACUGCUACAGAGUUUGCAAAACUGCAGCUACCACAUCCAGUUAAUGAACUGUAUCUACACUAACUGAAGACUGUCCCAACUGGACGAUCCCAAGGUACUCACCAGUUCUUUUAAGUACUUACCUGCCACUACAUUUUCAAGCUAGAAAUAUAUAACUCUACAAAACAUACAAUGGAUUACUGCACGUGUCAACAUUGGUUAUCUGCUUGCAAUAUGUCUACCACAGAAAGAAAAUUCAGUGUCUGUGCAAGGAAAUGAAAAUUCUUUGUUCACAAUAUGUUAUGCAAAUUAAGUACAUUUGCUUGAACUUACUUUGCAUAACUUAAUUCUGCUUUAAAAAUCCAUGUUUUCAAACAGAAUGGAAUGAUUUCUAGCAGCGGUAGAUUGUUGGGAGCCAAACAAGAAUGAGGUUGUAGAGGGGGUGAGGAAAAUGAUGCUUGGAUGGAAUGGAAUUGUAACCUCUUACUAAUAGAAGCCCAGCUCAGCCCCACUAAGGCUUCAUCAGACAUGUCCCACAGUUUCAAGCUCUCAUCUGCAGCUUAAGGUAGAAAAGUAUAGUGCUCAGAACGCCAGAUCCUGCACUAAAUUCUAGAUUCUCUCUGGAUCCUCACAGGUCAAAUCCACUGGCGUGUUAAAGAAACAAAAAAAUCAGUUUGCAAGUGAGUAGGCAGGUGGUGGUAGUGGUCACACAGUGAAGAUACUAAGGGACAAUGCCAUGUUCUUUCAAGAGGAACCCCCUCAUGGCUGCUUGUUGUUUCUGCUCCAUAAGUUUCAUUCAAGGAGGUUUGUGAGGAAGUUUUAAAAAUUCACAGUAGCUGAAAGCAGUGAAGGUACUGGGGUAAUAGUGGGAAAGUAUUUUCUUAUAAGCAGCUAACAGAACACAUGUUGCUAUGCAGCAAAGAACCUUAAGGGCUGUUACAGUGAAUGGGAGUUUUGCAUUUAGACUUCAGAGGAUGUAGACUGUAUCCUUAAGUUUUCUGGGAUCAUUGCCAGGAUUUGCUCUCUGCGAGGAAGCCGAAACCCCAGUAGAGAUAGUUGAUUAGGAAUAUUCCAGAGCUCUCAUUAUGAGCUUUUCUGGAGAAGAGAGACUAUUGAGGCCUGUGAGGCGUCCUUCCCUGGCUCUCCCUGUCAGGUUCCUACCUGCUCGUGGUUACUGCCUGUCACUAGGCACCACCAGGGACUCCACCAGUCCGGACUGUCCUUUUUUAUGGUUUCUCUCUCCGCUCUAGCACAGAUCUCAACAGAUCUCCCUGCUAGGCAGCACCACCAGUCACGUCCUAUAACCAGUAUUCCCAGAGACUCUGCCUGAGUCUCCCUCAAUUAGGUUACCUCUGUGACUGCGUGCUUAAGCUGUCCCAAUCCCUUUGAUUUACUCAGACUGCUUAUAAUUCUGGUUUGCUCUGAAUACUUGUGGUGUUAUAUUCUUCCCUUCACCCGCUGCCACCAUUUGUCACUCUUCAGCCUUAGUUAUUUACCUCAACCUCCCUUCUGGUCUGUGAAACCCCAGCCAAGGAUCAGGCCUUUGGUAAACCAAAUUAAAUAUUUAUUAAAUAACACAGAUAACAAGAUUUCUUCAUAAGGCACAUAUGGUUUUAUCUAAUACUAAUCCGAACUCCACCCCCCUCCUUCUCCACGAUCUCCUGGCAAACAACUCUCAAAACCCACCAAAACAACCCUCUCAAGUUUGUAUCUCCUAUACAAACAACACUUACCAUAUAUACACUAAUAGAGGAACAUCACAAGGCCAUAUAUGAGAAGGCAACUGUAAAGUUGAAUUCUAAGGUUUGGCUUUUCCUAAUAUGGGAGAUUGUAAGUAAAUUUACUGGGAAACUGUAAGGAUAUGGCUUUGUAUAGAAAUAAAAUAAUGGGGUCUAUGAAAGCAGCUGUGUGUCAGGCAGAUGAACUACCAAAAUUGAAAAAUUAGGUCACUUUAUCAAAGCAAUGAGGUUCCAAAUCACUGGAAAAAUGUUAAUAUUCAUCUGUAUUCUGCGUGAGGAAAAAUUAAAAGGGGCUAAGUUGUGUUUA